AUAACAGGAGGGUUUAGCGCGCCAGUUGCACGCUCGACACAUAACGGUGUGUAUCUGUUCCUUCUCGCGCAUAAAUUCAACGUGACAAUACGAAAACGAAGUCAGUAAUCAAAGUCGAAAUCGAAGAAAAAGGAAGAAGAAGAAGAAGAAGAAGAAGAAGAGACGGAGGAGGAGGAGGAGGAUAAACUGGCGCAGGGCCAAGGAGGAUUCAACAAUAUAAAGAUCACCGAUCGAGCGUCAUUCUUGAUUACUCGCUCGUGCAACGUCGUCUCAAGUGCAGUGUCGGUGCAUCUCUCUUUCUUUUUUCUUCUCCCUCUCUCUCUCUCUCUCUCUCUCUCUCUCUUCCUUUUUUCUCUCUCUCUUUUCUUUUUUUCCUCUCUAUCUCUCUAUUAUCCUAUUUCAAAUAGAAUCCGAAAAAAAUCACUUUUAUUAAUCAUAUAUAUAUAUAUAGAAAUUAUAAAUAAUGACAGAGAAAGAAAGAGUCAAAGUGAUUGAGUGACUAAGUGAGAGAAAAAGAGAGACAGAGAGAUAAAGAGAGAGAGAGAGAGAGAGAGAGAGAGAGAGAGAGAGAGAGAGAGAGAGAGAGAGAGAGAGACGAGAAGAUGCGUUAAUCUUUAAUCGUGAUAAUUUUAUCCGAUUAAUCAAUCAGUGAAUUGACAAGUGUUGAAAUUAUCCGUGAAAGAAGAAAAAAGAAAUAAAGAGAGAGAGAGAGAGAGAGAGAGAGAGAGAGAGAGAGAAAGAGUGAACACAUCGUACAGAUCGUGAGUUGUUUUCCCACAAAUUCAAUAUUUUCAACGCUUCCUCGAAAGUCCUCAGGUUGAAUGAAAAAGAUGACUCGCAAGGCAAACUUCCAGGGACGAUUGAUCCUGAUUCUAGCAUUAAUAACGGCAUGUAUGACGAUCGUCCAAUCGACGAAGACAAAAGAAGAAAAGAUCGAUAUUGACAAUGAUAGUAGGGAAAAAAGACACGUAGGAAUCACUGAAGUACCGUCCACCGAUCGAGGAGAACGAUCUACUAAUAUACCAAACAUUCGAGUUUUCAACAAGUCAUCAUCGAGUAGUAAAAGCAAUGAGAUAAGCUCAGAAACAGGAAGGAAAGUGUCCCAUAGACUGAUCGGAGGUCAUUUGAGAGAUGACAGGGUAAAAAAAUUAUGCGAUGUGAAAGAUGAGGAUAUGUUAGCGUCGUCGGUUGGUAAUGGUAAAGAAACAAAAAGUUCACUUCGUAGUGACGACGACGACGAAAGGAAAACUCUGUCACAACAGGUAAAGGAGGGUAAAUAUGGUCUGAUACAAAAUGAAAUAUACGAAAAUGAGGAUAAACCGAGGCGACCGGGUAUCAUAAGUUAUCUCGAUAAUCCCGAGGUACCGAGGGAUACCAUUGAAAAUCUCGGUGGUCUUGACGAGGAUGAAAUAUGGUUGGCGGAAAAUCAUUUGCUUGUAUUAAAGGGCGGUAAUUUUCCGGGACUUGGUCCAACAAAUCGGCCGUCGUUUUAUCCGUCGAAUAAGAACAAAGAAAAGUGGCCACCGAUCGAUAAUUAUCAAGCACCUAAAAGACAGGUCAAAAUACCGUCUAAACCAAAAGUACCACCACCAUUUCCUGUACAGCUUAAGGAUGGAGGACCGAUACAGAUUAUUGGGAUCAAUGGUAGUACAGAGAUCGAAAAUGUUACGUUAGAUCGAACAAUGGAUCCUUUUUAUGGGAAGGGAGGUAUUUUACCAGGGGAUGGACCGUUCUUUACGAUAACAUCAAACGGUACAAUCGUCGUACCAGAUUUUGAUUAUCCUUUUAAUUCUACGACGGAUGAUGUUAAAGGAUCAACCGUUACAAAUGACGAUGGAAAAAAUAUCAAAUCCGAGGAACCACCGAUUUUCUAUCAUGCAAUACCACCUGGCGCUGUAUUUGUACCACCACCAAGCAAUCGUUCCGAUUACGAUGACGAGGAUCAAUCGAUAUAUUAUCCACCACCGUAUAGCUUUUAUUAUCCGCAAGAUAAUACUACGUCAGUACCACCAGGUCCUUUAGUACCUGGUAUCAUUUUACCACCACCGCCAGACUUCUUCUCAUCACUCGAGGAAAAGAAAACUACGACGAAGAAAUAUACUAAACGUCCAGGCACCUCGAUGCUUCCAAAAUCAAGACCGACUUAUCUUCCACCGAGAAAGCUUACAACGAGAAAACAAUGGGAAAGUACGACGGUCGUGCCAAGAAUAAGUACAACGCAAUUGCCACGUACGAGAAUAUACAAUUCAUCGAUGUUAAAGAAUUUAACGGGAACACCCGUUACAAGGAUUCGUCCAAGUACCGUACCUUACGAAGAAGUUACAACUGUUAUACCAGAAAUACGAUCUACUUUAAGAAAUAAUAAUAAAUAUUACGGCGUUAGUUCAUUGAUUGGAAAUAGAGUGAUCGAAACUAGUACAGAAGAUAAGGUUCAAACGUGGCCCAGAUCGACCAAUAGCAAAUCUCUUCCGGUAUUGACUUAUUAUGCUUCAACGACACCUUCGUCAAUCGAUGAAUCCGUGGAAGUGACACCAGCUUCUAUUAAGAACGUUAUAACGACCGAACAACCAGUACAAUUACCGAACAGAGCAUCAUAUUAUUUCUACGAAGAAUCUAAUGAUGGUAACGUUGCUAGUACCGUAGAAUCGGCACCAGUUUAUUAUCAGACUACUACGGAAUCCCCUUAUUAUAAACUCGAAACACUUUCUCAACAAUCAAGAGACGAGAAACCAUAUUAUAGAAUCGAAACUAAUUCACCAAAGGAUAUCUCUUCAUCGAGAGAUUAUAAUGUCAAACUGAUAGAUGCCCUUGUUGAUAAUCCUCAAAUAUUUCAAUAUAGAGGUUCCGAAGAUUCGUCUACGAAAUAUGAUUCAACAUUGGAUAGAGAUCAAGGCGAACGAUUAUUGGCGGAUCAGGCUCCGAUCUAUUAUCAAACGAUAACACCUCGUCCGUCUUUAUCAUUACAACGAUCCUAUUACACUACACCAAAAUCUUCUUCUAGGUAUUAUCAAGAAUCGAAAGAACGAGUUGACAAUAGACAAGAUACAAUAUCUAAACCAAUUUAUCAAUACAGUUUCGAAGUAACUGAUUAUUCGAGGAGAGAUCAGGAUCAACGACCUUAUUAUAGACAACAAAAUGAACGUGUCACGUACGAUUAUCAAACAGUUAAAUCUAAUAACAAUCAACGAUAUAAUUAUGAGAACGAUCAACCGGAUAAGGUACCUUACAAAAUUCAAAGUCACAUAUAUCCAUCUACGACUGGUCGAUCAACGUUAAACGUUACUCCUAAUCCUCAGCAUGCAUAUUUCACGCGACAAGAGGAAAGACUUUUGGACGACGUUACGAAAGAAUACUUUACGAUAUUUGGUAAGAAAAUUAAUGGAAAGGAAACACAAAGUACUACGCCGAUUUAUAACAAGGCCAAUCAUGUUACGGAGAAACCCAAUUACAAUGUUAAUAGAUAUGUAUCAAAUGAUUAUAAUGUACCACCGGAGAUUACUUAUAGAGAUCAGUUAUAUUACGAUAACGAUGCACCACCACCACCACCACCACCAAAUCUAGAAAGUGAUACACGCGUUAAUUAUCGCCGACCUUUACCACCUAUCAAUCCAGACAGCGAAUUUAUUGAAGUAUUCGAUCCAAAACAACGUGGACAACCGUAUGUUCAACAAGAACCAACAAUUUCCCUUAAGGACGAUAUACUUGUUAAUUAUCGUAAUCCAAGGCCAUCGAUAAAUCCCGAUGCCGAAUUUAUUCAUCCUAUUUCUAUACCUAAUCAAGGUUCUGUUAAUACUGAAAAAAAUAGUGCAUACUUUGCUUAUAGAUUACCAGGCGACGGUGGUCAUUUUUAUUUCCUUACGCCUCAAGCGAUUAGGCAAGAACAAAAUGGAGGAGAUAGUGGUAGUAAUGAUAAUGACGAUGACGGUGAUGGUGGUGGUGGUGGUGAUGGUGGUGGUAGUGAUGGUUAUUACUAUCCAAAGCCAAAAGGUCCGAAGCUUUUACGACGUAGACGAAAUCUUUAUAACGUAUAAUAAGCGUUUCUUUUAAUUCUUAGUUAAAAAUUCAAUUAGGCAGUUGUCCGAUGCCAUAUGUAUUAGAAUGUUACAAGUGCCGAGAAGAUGAUGCGUGUCAUAAACGUGCGAUCGAAACUUUCGGAAUAUUUAUUAUCUUUCUGUAAAUAUCAGGAUAUUAUAUAAGUUAAGAUAGUUAUUAGGCAUUAAAACCUUUAAGUUAUGCAAUCUAGUUAAUCAUUUCCUUUCAUUAUUAUUGACAUGGAUUAACGAGAUGUUAUUUCCUCCCCGCCCCCCCCCCCCGCCCCCGUGCGAAGCUAAGUACAUAGAACGCCGAGCGAUUGACCGAAAUGUACUUGCGCAUUGUCUGUGAUUGCAAUGUAUACUUAUACACGUACAAGAUUGUAUAUGUACGUUACGAUAAAUAAAUUGCGGGACACAUCGUA